AUUUCGAAAUCCAUCGUUCAAGUGUUUUUGUUUUAUGAAUAAGUUUUUAAACAAAGCACUCUUUUGUUACAAAUCAUAGUUUGACUUUCUCUUUUUUCCAAACAGAUUUCGUCUGUAGCCCAGAGAUGAUUCGGACUUAAUGCAGCUGUCCCGUUAGCUAAUUAUUCAAGAAGCAAUCGUCUAACCAGGAACUGGGGCUCCUCGCCGGGAUCAUGGGAGAUACCUCUAGUCACGGAAUGGAUGAUACAGAGGCAGAGGACUUGCGAGCCUUCGAGCGCCGGCUGGUUGAAGUAGUCACGACGGAGAAGUCGAACACCUUUCGCUGGCGUCUCGUACUGGGGGCGAUCUUUGCCUGCUCGGCGAUCAGCGCCUGCCACUGGAUGCGAGAUGCCAAGGAGAGCGGGUCCCCAGUAUUCCGAAUCCUCUCCAGCCACAGCGCAUUCGCCUUUUCGGUGGCCACUGUAUGCCUGCUAAUCAUGUACGGGUUUAACCACGCCGCCAAGCAGGACCCCGCUAUCCUGCGGAACACCAGAGAGAUUCUCUCGCCCUUUCGGCUGAACUGUGACAACAAAGGACGCCUCAUCCCGCUCCCAUCGCCCAAUGAGUAGCACCAUUAAUAAAUUCCCACUGUUAAAAUAGUUUUCAGUCGAAUAAAUGACCCCCUAAACUGAGAA